GCCCGCUUGGGUUGGCGGCGGCCUAGUCUCGUUGCCGGGGGUCGCCCCGGCGCGUUUGGGAACGUGGCGCAGAGUCCGGCCUCGCUAACGUCGGCCUUGUUUGGGCCCGGUUUGCGGAUUUCGGGCCGCGGCGCGGGGCGGGAAAACAGCGCCGCCAAGACCGAGGGAAACGACCGCCGCGCAAGAAACGCGCGCCCGGGGGGCAUUGUUUUCGAAGAGGGCCGCCUUUAUGUGGCGGGGUGUUUUGCUUGUCGGGGCUGCGUGCUGUUUUUCGUUUGCAUGUGGGCAUGGUGCCCGUUUGUGGUGCGGAUUGGUGUAUUGGGCCCUUUUGGGGAAAACCCGGAUGAUCGUUUUGGUGGGUCUGCAUGCCGUUGGGUUGUUUUUGUUUUCGAUUGUCUUUGUUUAAUGGUGUAG